ACGGGAGAUGCAGCGGAACCGCGGCCGCGGCCCCGGCCCCGGCCCGCCCCGGGUGGCCUUUGGCCUUUGGCCACCCGGGGCGGGCCGGGGCCGGGGCCGGGCUCUUUUCGAAUCCUCCCCGAGGGAGGAGGAAGGGCGAGCCCUUAAAGAGCAGCGCCCGUAUCCUCCGUCCCGUCCCGGCGCAGCCAUGGGGGAGGCGGCGGGAGGCAGCGCGGUGCCCCCGCUCCCGGCUUCGGAGGGAGUCGGGGGGCAGGUGAACGCCCUGACCGUCCUGGCUUUACUGGAGAAACUGGUCUCGAUGCUGGAAGCGGUAGAAGGGCAACAGCGGCAGAUGGAACAGAGGCAGCGGGGUUUGGAAGGGGCGGUGCGGAGCAUCCAGGGGGACCUGGGGAAACUGUGUCGCAGUCACGGGGCGACGGGGGAAGCGGUGGAGAAGCUGCUGGAGAAGUCUCGGAAGGUGUGCGCUCACACCCGUGUCGUCAGGGAGCGGCUGGAGAGGCAGUGCGAUCAGGUGCGGCGCCUGGAGCAGCAUCACGCCCAGCUCCUCCGCAGGGACCGCUUCAAGGUGCUCAUCUUCCAGGAGGAAAAUGAGAUCCCUGCCAGUGUUUUUGCAAAAGAGCCUAUUCCCAGUAUUACAGAAGGGAAAGAGGAGCCUGUGGAUGAGAACAAAACACUGGAAGAAACCUUGCAUACAGUGGAGUUGGGUUCAGAUGAUGAAACGUUUCACGAGGAAGAUGAUGUGGAUGACAGUGCAGAGGAGAAAACAGAAGAAUCAAGAGCAGAGAAAAUUAAAAGAUCCAGCCUCAAGAAGGUCGAUAGCCUCAAGAAAGCGUUUUCCCGCCAAAACAUUGAGAAGAAGAUGAACAAGAUCAGCACAAAGAUUGUCUCGCCUGAACGGAGAGAAAAGAUCAAGAAAUCACUUACUGUGCAUCAUCAGAAAUCCUCCUCUUCAAAAGGCUCUACUUUCAAAUCUCCCAUCACAUUCAACAUGAAGAAAGCCCGUGAAGGAGAAAGCCCCGCUGAAGCUGAGGACAGACCAACAGAAAAUACAAGCAAUGACCAACUUGAGAAUGAGGAUGAAAUGUCAUUUGCUGACAUGCAUUCAGAUAUGACACCUACCACCUCGCUGACCGAGGAGGGCAAAGCAGUAGCUGAUUCUCUAGAGAAGGAAGCCAGAAUGGAAGGGAACACCAUGAUGAACAACAAUAUCGAGCUGUCCAUUGUUGAAGAUGAUGAAGAGUAUCGAAUGCCUCUAGAAGUUUCUAGCCAGAAACUAUAUGAUGAAAGAAACAAACCAUCCAGUGGGGAAACAGAACAAUCUGAUGAAGAAACAAUCCAAGCAGCUGUCCUGCAGGUAGACCAAACAGCAUAAUCAACCUGAGUCUUCCUUCGCCUUUCAGAUAUGCACAGUUUUCCUUGGGCGAGUAACUGGUUUCUGCCACACCAGUGGUAGCCAUGAUUCAGUUUCUUCCAUCCUUUUCUCUGCAGUGGUAAUUUAUUGCAUCAUGUUGAAACGCAGAGUGAACAAGGUCAAUGACACAGGCUGCAGCUUGCUCCAUUUUAGGCCAAGUCACUCAUGUUUAUUAGUUUAGAGAUUCUGUCAGCUGAUGUAAGAAGACUAGCAGUAAAAGAGUAUGUCUAGCAGAAGAAAGCUGGUCAGCUGCCUUACUUAUAGUUAGGUCAGGGGAGUGUGCAGAGUGUAGUCAAAACCCAAACAUUUCUGUUGUGUUUUCUUAUCUAUCAGUAUUUCACAGCACUGUGAGUAGUUUUGUAUGUAAAUGUAGAAAUACUAAUGAGAACAUUUCAUUUAGGUUUCUGUGCUGUGCUCUGUGAAUACUAACAGCCUUAGUAACUGCGCAUAUAUGUAGUUUGUUUAGGGUUUUGCUCUACAACACUGUAAGCCUAGAAGAUCAGAGUACUUAAAGGGCAAAGCUGGAAAGUUGGUUCCAUCAAUUUCACUGGGGGAAAGAUUUUUGCCAGAAGCCUCUCACUAUUCACUUAGAAGAAAUGACUGUGUUCAGGUGGAAUGAAAAGAUGUUUUUCAGUCUACUGGUUAUGGAAAUACAUUAUUGAUAAGCAUGAAUAUGUGAUCAGCUACUGUAUCUUUAAUGGAUCAGAAACUGAAAAGAAAAAAAAAGUAAUUUGAUAGAAACAUGGAGAUAGUCAAUAGCCUAAAGAAAGUAUGAAGUGCUAUGAAAUGUAAAAAAAGCAAAAACAAAUUCCCACCUGUACUCCCAGCUUAAAGAAUAUAUACUCAGAUAUCACUAAACAAUUCAUUCUUAGCCUUUAUAGCUAUAUAAUAGCAAAUGUGCACCUGCACAACUUUGUAUCUCAGAGUAUUUUUAAAAUAGCAUAAUUUAUCA